GAACCCAGCGCGCCGCUUCUGCUACUUGCUGCUGCUAAUGUGGCAAACAUUUUUGUUGAUAGUGUCGUUUUUCGUUUUGGGUCAGUAGGGACGUUGUAUUGUUAGACAGACGUCGUCGUCGUUGCGUUGCGCUGCCUGCGCUUUUCUUCUACACAUUCAUGAGGUGUGCACGUAAUUUCUGACAUAGUGGUAUCAUCGGAUGGUGGUGACAUUUCACCAGUAGGGGCGUGUGAUUUGUGAUCGGAAUUCUCGUGAUUAUCACACUAUGGCUUUCUUCUUCAACUUCGUCGCGAUCUGUACCCUGCUGUACUUUCUGGUGCAGAUCAUCCUCUGGCUGGUGCUGGAUUCGGACAUUGAACUUUUCAUUCUGUCCAAAUUGGGAAAACCGAUAUCUUCUCUCAAAGGGAAAGUCGUGUGGAUCACGGGUGCAUCCAGUGGCAUCGGGCGAGAGCUGGCAAUUGCUUUGGCAAAACACGGGGUAAAACUGUGCAUAUCAGCCCGUAACAUAUCGGAACUUCUGAAAGUGAAACAAGAUUGCAUAGCUCAAUCGAAUGGAGUUCUCGGGCCGAACGAUGUGUACGUACUCCAGAUGGACAUGCUGGAUGUCAAUCAUCACAAUGACUACUUCAAUAUGGUCAUUGACCACUUCAAAACGCUGGACGUUCUGGUCAACAAUGCUGGUCGUUCGCAGCGUGCCGAAUGGAACAACAUCAACAUCAAGGUUGAUCGGGAACUUUUCGAACUGGAUGUUUUCGCCGUGGUUCAUCUGUCCCGGAUAGCGCUGAACUUUUUCGUACGCAACUCCAUCAAGGGUCAUCUAGCGGUAACGAGCAGCGCGGCCGGUUUGAUUGGAGCCCCAGGAUCCGGUACAUAUACGGGCGCCAAGCAUGCUCUUCAUGGUUAUUUUGAAGCACUCAGAAACGAACCAUUCGAGCUGAAUGUCACUAUGUUUUGUCCAGGACCAAUAGCUACGAACUUCCUGCAGGAAUGCUUCACCGAUACACCUGGAGUAAAAUACAACCAAACGGUCCGGCCCGAGGAUCGUCGAAUGACGAGCGAAAGAUGUGGAUACCUGUAUGCGGUAGCAUUGGCCAACAAAACGCAGCUCAGCUGGGUCGGAACAUUUCCGCUGAAUCUGGUUCUUUAUAUCGGCUGCUACUACCCGAAUGUGAAGAAACUAUUGAUGAAAAUCGUCGGAAUGCGCCGUUUACGCCAACUGAGAGACAGCCGAUAAUUCCUAACCAUUUAAAGAUUGUUGAACGCCGGCAACAAUCAUCAUGCAGUCACUAAUUGUAUCUUUUAAUGCUUUAUUAGGGAAAAAACGAACAUGAAUCCAAUUACAAAAGCAUCUUUUCACCGAGUUUUCUUAUACAUAUUAGUUCACGAACUAUUUAAAAACGAUUACAUACUGUUAACUUUAUAAGUAACGAUUUUCUGUUUUGAGCGUUGAUACUACAAACACGUCUACCGAGACGGGCAGUUUGAACUAAGUCCCACUGUUAGAUAGGGAUGAUAGGAUAGAAUGAAAUGAACACCCAAGCUAUUAAACGCCAUUCCAAAUGGCACGGCACGAUUUGAGAUCUUUAACGUUAAUAUCUUUUUAAGCAGAGUUGAGCAGUGUGGAUCUUGUUCAUGUUAUUCCAACAUGAUUCAUUGUUUGAAAACGUACAAAACUACGAAUCGCGUACAAUAUUUGAAAUAAAUAAAAAUAUAACUUUAAUGCUUAGGAUGGCGUUUAAAAUGCGUACAAAAAACUGUAUUGUUAAAGCUAUUGUACGCUGUGCAGUAUUGUGUAAAUCUAGUAACACCAACAUCAAGGUUCAGUAUUGUGCGUUUGUUAAAAAUCUUACCAAAUACAUAUUGUGUCAUAAACAGCGGACUGGAACCCAUAGUUAAAAGGCUAGAACAUAAGCUUUGUUGAUACUGAAAUACACAACACAAAUCAUCGGUUAACCAAAGUUGAUCUGGCUUAAAUUGAUUCUAAAACAAAUUCUUAAAAUACUCGGUUAAUUUUUUUUUCAAAAUCAUAGUGCAUCGUUAAACAAUUUAGUUUCCGAAGUAAAAAUAAAAGUUGGGAAUAAAUGAGUGAGUCUCUAGCAAAUAAAUAAAUAACUGAAACAGUAAAAAUAAUUGUUAAAUUAAUAAAGCUUAAAUGAAAAAUGUAA